GCGCGGCACCGCCGCGGAAGGAGGGCGCAGGAUGCGCGGGGCUUUCCCGGGGCUCUGCCUGGCGCUGCUGGCGGCGGAGCGCGCGGCGCGGCUCUGCACCAUCAUCCACUACCUUGUCCGUGGGCAACUGGGCUGGUUGGGGCUGACCAUCGCCUGCGUGGUACCCGGCUAUGCCGCGCAGUUCCUCAGCAUCCUCUGGUUCAGAGCAGAUGGCCACCCACCUGGCUGCUGGCUCCUGGUGCUCCACCUCCUGCAGCUGGGCCUCUGGAAGCGGUACUGGGAUGUUUUGUGGAUGGCAGCGAAGACGGGUGGCAGUGACUGUGCCGGGGAGGUGCUGACACAGCAUGGGGACGUGAGUGUGCUGCGGCUCCUGGAAGCUCUGCUGCAGACCCUGCCUCACCUCCUGCUGCAGGCCUAUAUCGUCGUGGCUGUCGAGCCAGCGGGCUUCAUCCCCGGUGUCAGCGCUGGGCUGUCUCUGCUCUCCCUUGCUUGGGCUUUAGUCUCCUACAGCCGCUUCUCCUGCCUGCUGAAACCUGGUCACCUCUGCCCGCCAGCCGCGGCCAUCCUCUGCCUGCUGCUCUGGAGGACAGGGAUGCUGGGGACCAGGGUCCUGGCCCUGGUGCUCUUUACCAGGCUGUACUCCUUCUGGGUUUUUGCCGUGGCAGGUGUCCACUGGCUGCUCAUGGCCUUCUGGCUGGUGGCCCAGCAGACGGACAUCGUGGCCCAGCCCUGCCGCUGGAGGCUGUUCAAUUGCGUGGUGGGAGCCGUGUACAUCUUCUGCUACGUUAAUGUCCGGCCCGGUCCCUCCAAGCACAGGGUGGCCGUGUUUUAUGCAAUAAUGCUGAUGGAAAACACCCUCCUGCUGCUCUUGGCCACCCGCUUCCUGCAGGCAGAGCUGAGGAGCAGCCUGUGCGUGACCGGGGCCGUCAUGUCAGGGUCUGUGAUAGGUGCCACAGCUCUGGUGGUGUAUUACAGUCUGCUCCAUCCCAAAUCCACAGAGAUCCGGCAGGGCUUCCUGGAGACAACCUGCAGUGCUGCGGUUGUGGGUGGUGACGAGGUGGCUGGAGAUGGCUCCCAAGCAGGGCAGAGCUUGGAAAUUUCAGGACACAGCGGGUCCUUGGCAGGGGAAGGGACCACGGCAGAUCCCAAAACCAGGAACAGUUCAUUGAUCCUACAAUUCAGAGAGUGUUUGGAGGACAGCUGGACAAACCAUCACCACUGGCUGCUGGUGAAGCUGGCCUUGAAGACAGGAGAUACGUCCACCAUCAACGCAGCUUUUGGAGACGGUGGCAUGGGAGAGGUUUACCCUGGAGGACGGAUGAUGGAGAAACAUGCCAGCGUUGAGCCUGGGGCCCACCUUUCCCUCCCCACAAGGGAAACUGGUCUUCAGGGUGUUGAACCUGCUCUGACUGAUGAGAAACUGGAGGCGGUGGGGACCGGAGGAGGCGGCCAACCCAUCACUGGCACUGCGAGAACGGCACGGGAGGACGGAGCAGGGCAGGAGCCUGGCUUUCACUCGGCCGUAUCCUUUCCCAGCAGCUUCUCUCCGGAUCCAGCCGAGGGCUCCUCUGUGUAUUUCAGCGCGACCGCGGGAGGAAUCACCUCUCCUGGUGUGGGGACAGCCAUGGCUACACGCGUGGCCCUGGUGCAAAGGGACAAAGAAACCCAGCCUCUCCCCGGCUGCCUGGGAGGAAGGGAUUUAUCCCUUGGGAUGGCGAGCAUCAGCCCAAUCCUGGGCGUUUGUGCCCACAAGGAUCUGCAGAGCAGCUCUUGCCUCGGAAGCGUGGGCGUCUGUGGGGUGACGGGUCCCCCCAAAGAGCCUGUGGGGCCAGAGGGUGCCCUUGUGGGGUGGCAUCACCCUCAGGACACCCACCCUUGUGGCACACAAGAGACUGUAGUGACGAGCAAGCUGAGGCCACCGUGCUUCACCUCCACCCCCAAAGGUGACUCUAGAUACCCACAGCAAGGACUGGGGGAGCUGGGAGAGGGGACAGACCUCUCUGGGUGGCUGGAGUGACCCUGAAAUUGCUGCACCGUCACUUUGGGUCAGCCUUGGGGUGACUGCCUCAUUGGAAGGAUACGGCAGGAGGUGGUGGGAUGUUAAUGCUGGCCAUGAAGACUGUCCCCAUGGUGACCCUGCGGCUGGGCGGACAUGGUACUCCAUGACUAGGACAUCACCUUCUCUCCUGGUGCAUCUUCUGCUUGCAGUUUUGGAGAGCCUCAAAGGUCUUAAAAAGCCUUAAAAGUCCAGGUUUAAGUGUUUUUUAAACUUAUUUAUAUAACAGUCCUGCCAGGCAGCUGGAGCAUGCUGCCUUUGACAUAUUUCUGAUAAUGCCUUGAAGCACGUCCUUUAACAAGUGUCUCUACAAGCUGCGGGCCUGUCCCAACAUGAAGAUCUGACUGCUGUCUCCAGGAGCUGCAACGCUGGCCAAGCAGGAGUCUUCUCAGGACAAAUAAGUGCCUAAACUGGAAAAAUAAUGAGUUUUACUCUCAGAUGCCCUUCCUUCUGGGCAGAAUAAGCCCUGAAGCAAGGCUCAGCAGUGCUUGAUUUAUUUUUCCCCCACUGGGUUCAUCUUGAGAACUUCCAACUCCAUUUGCUGGGGCCAAAUAGGAGCCCAGACUCUCUUCAUACAGCAGACCACAACUUCAGGACUCUGAGUUGUAGACAAAAGCCAUGUCCUUCUCGCUUGCCCACCACCCUGCUUCCUCAAGCGGCCUUUUCUGCCCAGCCUCUUCCUUGCCCUCUUCCACCCAAUUGCAGAUAAUCCAGAUCUGACUGGAUGCUCCCUCCUAAAUUUAACCUCAAGCCAAAUCUCAAAACAGAUCUACAUACUCCUGACACCCUAAAAUCCCCCGUGCAGACAGGGUUUCUUUAUAGCAGAAACCAAAAGCCUCAAUACCGUGGUCUCAGGGAAUAGUUAAUGCUUCCAGCCGGGCUGGCUGGAGGUGGGUUUGUGCCCAGGACGUGGCUUGACAUGUUGAUUGAGUUCUGGUCAAGCUGGGUUCACCAGCGAGCUCAUGGGUGCCAGCUGGUGCACAUCUGGCUGCAUCCUCCAGCUGUUGUCCCACUGCGGGCAGGACUCCGGUGGCACCACAGGGCAGGAAAGACAGCAGGAAGGCCAGGCAUGCCAUGAAUUAUUAAAAAAAAAAAAGCUUCCAUGUAGCAUUCACUGCGCAGGAUCGACCCAGCCAGAUGUUCCUUCAAGCUUCUUCACCAGUGAACACUCAGUUGGUGCCGGUUUCGGAGUGAAGCCACUUUCCGACGUGUUGAAGGCUCCGUGUCUCCAUUCAGAGCCCAGCUCCUCUGUUCUCAGCUCUUCUCUGCGGGGAGAAACCAGUUGCAGCAGCUUUUCCGGAGCCCUCCUCGCCACCUGCAUCACCCAGAAGGCAGCAGAGCUGCCGUGGCAUUAUGGAAAUUUUUAUCUCGUUUGUUUUUCUACCUUUGAUAAUAAAUAAUGACGCUUUGAAAAACAAACCAGCCUUGGCUGUGUCUGUGUCUCGUGUUAGGGCUGCACGGAGAGGUCCUCUGGACCUUGCUGUAGGGGAUGUUGGACCUUGAUCUCCUGCUGCUUUCCAAGCGAAGCGCCGCAUGGCUUCCUGGCUGGAUGUGACAUUGCCUCUUCCCCUCUCCU